GAGAAAAAAAAAAGUUAGUUAGAAUAGUGAGAGGGCUGUGAUUUCCAAUACGCCGCACAGUCGUCGCCAAUGUCUGCACCAGAAGAUUCGUAAACUUUUGGGAAACUCAUACGGACACCGUUUGAAGACUUCAAAUUAGUUUCCAGUAUAAAGUUCAGUAGACAUGCGCGUUUCUAGAUUUAUUGCGGUGUUCUCGGGAAGCAGAAAAAUACAUCUUUGCAUUCUUUUUUCCCAAGGCUUGGAUAAUUAAUACAGUGGACGAACAGGGUUGGCCUGUUUGGAUUAACCUUUGACAUUUUAUGGCUUUUUGACUUUCCUGUGUACACUUUUUCGGUCGGAAGGACAGAAGAGCAGUUUUCCCAAAGAUUAUACUAUAUUUUAUCUGGAGUCAUGGAUCAGAGCCAGCACAACCCUCCUGUCGGCCAUCAGAUCGUCCAUGUUCGGGGAGACUCCGAGACCGAUCUGGAGGCUCUUUUUAACGCUGUGAUGAACCCGAAAAACACAAUCGUUCCCCCUUCCGUGCCGAUGAGGAUGAGAAAGCUGCCAGACUCCUUCUUCAAGCCGCCAGAGCCAAAGUCCCACUCCAGACAAGCCAGCACGGAUGCAGGUACUGCUGGUACCCUCACACCCCAGCAUGUGAGAGCACACUCCUCUCCUGCCUCCUUGCAGCUGGGUGCAGUUUCCCCAGGUGCCCUGAACAAUAUGGGUCAAGCAAACCCCCCACCUCAGCACCUCCGCCAGUCCUCUUUUGAGAUACCCGAUGAUGUGCCGCUACCCCCAGGCUGGGAGAUGGCCAAGACCCCCUCGGGCCAGAGAUAUUUCCUAAACCAUCAUGACCAGACGACUACCUGGCAAGACCCUCGUAAGGCGCUCCUUCAGAUGAACCAAGCCACUCCACCCAGUCCAGUGCCUGUGCAACAACAGAACAUCAUGAAUCCGGCCUCAGGUCCUCUUCCUGAAGGCUGGGAGCAAGCUAUUACCUCAGAAGGAGAGAUCUACUACAUCAAUCACAAAAACAAAACCACCUCUUGGCUGGACCCACGACUCGACCCACGUUAUGCUAUGAACCAGCAGCGAAUUUCCCAGAGUGCUCCAGUGAAGCAAGGCUCCCAGUUGCCCUCCAGCCCCCAGAGUGGAGUGAUAGGAGGAAACAACCAGAUCAGACUGCAGCAGAUCCAGAUGGAGAAAGAGAGACUGAGACUCAAACAAGAGCUCCUUCGCCAGAGACCCCAGGAGCUCACCCUGAGAAACCAGUUGCCAACUAGCAUGGAGCAGGAUGGCGGUACUCAGAACCCUGUGUCCUCACCCAGCAUGGGCCAAGACGCCCGCAACAUGACCACCAACAGUUCUGACCCUUUCUUAAACAGUGGGACGUAUCACUCCAGAGACGAGAGCACGGACAGUGGCCUGAGCAUGAGCAGUUACAGCGUCCCCCGAACUCCUGAUGACUUCCUCAACAGUGUAGAUGAGAUGGAGACAGGCGAUACCCUCAUCCCUGGCUCCAUGGCAACACAGCCCAGCCGUUUCCCGGACUACCUGGACGCUAUCCCAGGUACAGACGUGGACCUGGGCACCCUGGAGGGCGAGAGCAUGGCAGUUGAGGGUGAGGAGCUGAUGCCCAGCCUACAGGAAGCCCUGAGCUCUGAAAUCCUCAAUGACAUGGAGUCUGUGCUGGCGGCUACCAAGAUCGACAAGGAGAACUUUCUAACCUGGCUAUAGAGCACCUGCAUCCAGCACUACACCUUCUUCUCCAACAUGCUGAAGUGCUGCCUGGUACAAUCUGUGAAGGAUGUGUAGAUGCUUUGAGUUGAAAAGAAAAGACAUUUCACCUUACUGGACAGCUUUCUUUUUUCUUUCUCAUCUUCCGUUCAGUAUGUUUGGCCAGAUUGGUAUUUUUAAACUUUGUUCCUAUUUUUCGUAUUACUCUUUUCAUGUCUGCAUCCUCAAGGCUGGCCCAUGAACAGACAAGUAUUCACAAGUACCCAAAUCUCUUUCAUGGCUGUGCAUUAUGUCACAGCCUAUCAAUGUGUGCGAGUGCGUGUUUCUGUGAGAUGGAUGUGAAUUUGUGUGCAUUUCCCCUCAUGAACUCCAGACGAACCCCCUAAAUCAGCCUACCGCUACCUUCUAUGUCUGCAACUUCUGUUUCACGACAUCCCUAAUCUCGGCUCAUCUAGAAACUACAAUUUUUUUUCUCAAAUACACUAAUGAGCCUGAAACACCAAAACACGUUGUACCUGAGGAGGUCGUCUGCAUGUGUUUUCUGAUGAGAUUUGCGUACUAUAAUUGAAAGGUUAAAAUCUAAGGGUUACAACAUGUGAUAAAACAAAUGGUUAAACGAAAAUUCUGCUGCUUGGCUGUGCCAGCAUAUCAUGCUAGAAAUGUCUAAUUAAGUGCCUUUCGGUUUUGUUUCUUGGACAAAAAGAAAUUGUGUUUGUGUCAUUUUACACUAGAUAUCAUAGAUCAUGUUUGUCAACACUUUCUUUUACUUACUUGUUUCAUUAAUCAAAGUAUAUUUCUUUCAAAGGUUUUAUAAAAAAAACAAAAACAAUGUUAUGUCGGGAAUUGGGGUUUGUUGUUUUAAGAACCCUUGCCUCUUUGUGUGUCAGUUUUUAUUUAAGCCUUUUUUUUUUGUUUCUGGAGGGUUGUGGCAUUCAUAUGUGAUCUGAACCAAUCAAAUCCAAUUUUCAUCUUAUUUUAUCUGAUUUAUACAGGAUAACUAUUCUAACAGAGCUGCCUUUUCUGUAACAUGGAAAAUUUUGCGUAAAUAACUGAUUGAAGUCAUUAUUUCUGUUUUACCGUAAUCUGAGAUAAUAGUAAGGUAGAAGUCUGUUUAUGAUACCGAACUCUAUUUUUAUCUUUGGGUUUUAGUAUGUUCUUGCAUACUGUAUUUAGUUAAAAUAUCUCUUAAUCUUCAGCCAAAAGCGAGCAACAAAAUAUCAAAGGCACUUUGAUCAACUACUAAAAAAGAAAAGUGUGUCUUUUUAAACAAACAUCGCUAAAUGAGCUCCAGUAGAGGUUUGUGCCAGUUCCAUUGAAGCUGUUUGGUGCCAAGACAAAGACCGGGAAGAAAGUAGAAGGUUCUGAUAUGUUUUUGAUGGUUUGAUGAGCACGUCCAGAGGGUUCUUGGUGUAGACUAGCUGUUAGCUUGAACUUGAUUUGAUAACUGUGGAUAUGAAUGAUAGAGUAGACUUUCAAGGAAACAAUCAGUUAUUGUUUCUGUCAGGAUUACUUCAAGGCUUCUAAAGAUUAUUUUCUCUUUCAAAUUUAAAGGGCAACAAAAAGUAAUUUAUCAUACUUUCUAUGUAUGUACACAUAGGGCAUAAGCUAAUGAGAAAAGGUCUAAUUGAUUUGUCAGGGGAUUUUUAUUGAAGCACAAUUCGACAGGCCUUAUGCUGCUUCUGAUGUCAGUACUAAAGACAAAGCAGGUUACCUGGAAUGGCUUUUUGUUACAUGGUUUACAUUAUUUCACAGUAGUAGAACACUACAGGAACUUCAUAUUACAAACUUUCUGCAGAUGCUUUGCAUUCAGUCAUACAAAACAAAUAUUUCCUCAUGUUUACAAUAAGGGUACCUUUACACUACAGAAUGUUCAUUCAAUGACUGGCCCAUACUCUAAAUAUCUUGUUGUUGUUUUUUAACACUUUUAAAAGCUGUAUAAGUGUAAUAUUCUGAAGUCUACUGGCAUGAAUACACAGAUAAGGUAUGUAGUUGUAUGAUGAAAUAUGACAAGCUAGGCCAUAGUUAUCAAAAUUAGAGGUUCUUGAGAAACUAAAAGUGGUAUAAAAAUAUGACAAGCUAAGAGAAAUAUCUAUUUUUGCAAACACAGUAUUGAUGGCAUGCUCUAGUGGGGUAAAACAGUGUUGAAGAGAGCAAUGCAACAAUUUCUUUAUUUUUUAUGAAUUGUGCUGGUAUUGCACAUUUAUAGAACAUUAAUUCAAAUGUAUAUGUCACUUAAACAUGAUUUUAUGCUUGCUUAGUGUGCAUACUGUUCAGAAUAUAUAGUAACUGUUGUUUUUUUUUUGUAGUGGUAGUACUAAUCACACAUGGCAAUGGAUUGGUAUUUAGAUUCCUUUAAAUGCACCCAGAAUGAAUUUAUAUCCAUUUAUGAUCUCUCUCUCUCUCUCUUUUUUUUUAUCCAUGUAUGUGCAUGUACCUUAGAACCUUAAAUUCUGUUACAUUGUAUAUCUUUACAUAUUACUUUAAAAUUGGCCUGGAAUAAAGUAUAUACUUUGGUA